AUGGGCAGUCCAUUCAAAGACCACCACCGCCACCAUCCCUCUCUCGCCAAGAAGCUCAUUCCAUGGACCUUUUAUGCUAUGAUCCCUUUAGUUCUCUUUCGUGUGUAUUUCUACCCUUUCGCCCUCCACCACACCACCACCCCCAUUCUCAGCUCCUCCUCCUUUGUUUCUCCUCCUCCUUCUUUACUAGAAGAGGAAACUUCUUGUGACUUCACUAGUGGAAAAUGGGUCCCUGAUAAGAGGGGUCCUUUGUAUAACGGUUCAACUUGUGGUACAAUCAAGGAAGGCCAGAAUUGCAUUGCCCAUGGCAGGCCGGACAGGGGUUAUCUCUACUGGAGAUGGAAACCAAAGCAAUGUAAGCUUCCAAGGUUUGAACCCAACACAUUUCUCCAACUCCUUAGAAACAAACAUUUAGCUUUUGUUGGUGACUCAAUGGCUAGAAACCAAUUGGAGUCACUUCUUUGCAUGCUAUCCUCUGUCUCUGCCCCUAAUCUUGUUUAUCGAGAUGGUGGAGAAAACAAGUUUCGUAGAUGGCAUUUUGGGUCUCACAAUUUCAGCAUCUCAGUCUACUGGUCACCGUUUCUUGUUAAAGGUGUGGAAAAAUCCAAUACCGGUCCCAAUCAUAACCAGCUGUAUUUGGAUCACGUUGAUGAGAGAUGGGCUGCUGACAUGAAUGGAAUUGACAUGGUUGUAUUAUCAAUUGGGCACUGGUUCUUACAUCCAGCAGUGUAUUACGAAGGGGAGCAAGUACUGGGCUGUCAUUACUGUCCUGGUCUUAAUCACACGGAGAUUGGAUUUUAUGAUGUCUUGAGGAAGGCUAUAAAGACCACGCUUAAGGCUCUAAUUGACCGGAAAAGGGCUAAUGGGAAUGGUAUCGGUGCAUUUGUCACUACUUUUUCACCAGCCCAUUUCGAAGGUGAUUGGGAUAAGUUUGGUGCUUGUCCAAAAACCAAGCCUUACAGGGAAGGAGAGAAAACACUUGAAGGAAUGGAUGCAGAGAUGAGACAAAUUGAGGUUGAAGAAGUGGAAGCUGCAAAAAUGAAUUCUAUACAACUUGACAGGUUCAGAUUAGAGGCACUUGAUGUCACCAAAUUAUCAUUAAUGAGGGCAGAUGGUCAUCCAGGUCCAUAUAUGCAUCCAUUUCCAUUUGCUAAUGGUGUAACUGAGCGGGUGCAAAAUGACUGUGUGCAUUGGUGCUUGCCAGGGCCAAUAGAUACUUGGAAUGAGAUAUUACUGGAGGUGAUAAAGAAAUGGGAGUAUGAAUCAAGAAGAGAAGAAUGA